AUGGAGGAAGCAAAAACUCUGAGGUUAAUGGCUGACGCCUUCAAGGAAUUAGCCGGCGCGAUAAAUCAAUUUCCUGCCGGAGAAGAAGCCCGCCUCGAGCUCGGCCCCUUCUCUCGGGCCUGCUCGCUCGUCUCCCCCCUUUUCCGAUGCUUAGGCAUCGCCUUCAAGUUCGCAGAACUCGAUUAUGUGGCCAAGGUGCACGAUCUUGAGGAGGCUUCCAAAUCAAUUCCAGUGUUGCCGGUAAUGGUGGAUGGCGAUAUUGACGCCAAUCGCGUGAGAACGGCCGGGAGCCACACGAGGAACCUGCUUAGGGUCAAACGCGGGAUAGACAUGGUCAGGGUCUUGUUCGAACACAUUAUUUCUUCAGAGGGGAAUUCUCUCAAGGACCCUGCUUCCAAAGCCUACGCGCAGGUUUUUGCUCCGUACCAUGGGUGGGCAAUCAGGAAGGCUGUUGCCGCCGGAAUGUAUGCCCUUCCGACUAAGGCGCAGCUGUUGAAUAAGUUGAAUGAAGAUGAAACAUCGGCGAGGGUUCAGAUGCAGAACUAUGUAACUUUCGCGACCCCAGUGGUUAAGUACAUCGAUGAGCUUUUCAUCUCUAGAAAAUUGGGCAUUGAUUGGUGA